GCUUCGGUGGCGUCUGAGGUGCCCGGCCAGAGAGAAGCAGGAAAGGCGGGGGAAGAAUAGGAUGUCUGUGAGCUGUGGGACACUAGCAGCUGGCAGCCAACAGAGCGGGUAGGAUCAUCAGAGGCUGCAGGAAGCUGCAGCGGGAACACGCACAGCCAAGCAGCAGUUUCUCUUCCCGGAACCGUGGAGGCAGCGCCGCGCCUGCUCGUUCCCCACCUCCUCGCGCAGGCAUGGCGCGCUCCUUCUCUCUGGCCGACUGCGAAGUGAUCGGCUUCGACUUGGACCACACGCUGUGUCGCUACAACCUGGUGGAGAGCGCCCGGCUUAUAUAUGAAAGUUUUGCUCAGUACAUGGUAACGCAGAAGGGUUAUGAUAAAGAAUUGCUGAAUGUGUCCCCUGACAGCUGGGAUUUCUGCUGUAAAGGCUUGGUUUUGGAUAUGGAGGAUGGAAACUUCCUUAAACUUGCAGAAGAUGGAACUGUUCUGAGGGCCAGUCAUGGUACGAAGCAUAUGACUUCUGAAGAAAUCUUGGCGACAUAUGGAAGGAGACAGUGGAGACACUUUAAGACAAUGAGUGGAAUGGUUUCCCGUUCAGCUAAAUAUUAUGUUUAUGACAAUUACUUUGACCUGCCAGGAGCACUUCUUUGUGCAAGAAUUGUGGAUGGUUUCAAUCAAAACAGUCCUAAGCGAAAGUAUGACUUUUGGAAGGAUAUUAUUGCUGCCAUACAAUAUAAUUAUAAAACAUCAGCUUUUAAAGAAAAUUGUGGGACAUACUUUCCAGAAGUGAAAUGCAAUCCAGGUAAAUAUAUACAAUGUUGUCCUGAAUCUGUUAAAAAGUGGCUAAGAAGACUGAAGGACAGUGGAAAGAUUCUUCUAUUAAUUACUAGUUCUCACAGUGACUACUGCAGACUCUUAUGUGAGCACAUUUUAGGGAAUGAUUUUGCAGAGCUUUUUGACAUUGUGAUCACAAAUGCCUUGAAACCUGGUUUCUUCUCCCAGACACCAAAUCAACGACCUUUCCGAACACUUGAGAAUGAUGAAGAACAAGAGGCCCUGCUAUCCUUGGACAAGCCUGGCUGGUACUCCCAAGGUAACUCAACCCAUUUGUAUGAGUUGCUGAAGAAGAUGACUGGCAAACUAGAACCAAAGAUUGUUUACUUUGGUGACAGCAUGCACUCAGACAUUUUCUCAGCCCAUCACUAUAGUAACUGGGAGACCAUCCUCAUCUUAGAGGAACUUAGUGCGGACCAUGUUAUGCUGCCUACAGAGACAGAGUCUGAGCCCUUAGAAAAGAAAGGAAAGUAUGAGGGCCAUCAUCCAAAAGCUCUUCACUCUCGUUCUAAACAGUGGGGUUCCUUCUUUGUGGAUACUAUUUCAGGAGCAGAAGACUCAGAAACCUUAGUAAAUACCUGGUCCUGCAAAUGUGUUAGUACUUACAGCACCAUCACAAUCCCAAGCAUUGAAGCAUUAGCAGAUUUACCACUGAAUUAUAGAUUCACCCGAUUUUCUUCAAAUAGCUCAAUAACUGCUGGUUACUACCCCAGACCUCCAAGAUCAUUACUAUCAAGUGGAGAGCCAAUGGUGACCAAAUAGACCAUCUAUGAGAAAAGAAAAUUCUGAUAUCUGGAUAUUGCUUAAGUGAAAAUGUCAGAAGUUGAAACAUGAAGAAUAAAUGCUACCUAGAUCUAUUGAUUUUUUUUAAAUUAAAAAAACAAACCCCAAAGAAUUCCAGAAGAAAUUAGCUGUUUUUCUGUUGUUUACACCAUGACUGUAAUAGAUGAGUAAUUAGUAUUUGUCUGUAAUGCUUUCUUACUCUGACUGUGAAAUAAUUGGCUGCAUUUCCCCCACCCCACCAAGGUUAUGCUAUAAUCUCUUGCCACCUUGGGCCAAUCCAUAUAUUACCAGGCCAUCAAGUUCUUUCCUAUAGCUGGGGAGUGGACACUCCUUUUCCUCCAUCAUGCACUUCCCAUAAAAUAUUGUAUGAAAGCUUUGCUCCAACAGCCAUAUGCAUGAUGAUCUGAUUUGCAUGGUUCUUGCCACUCCAAAAAAAGAAAAAAAAGGUGGAGAUAGUGUGAAUAAUGUCAUUGCAUAUAGAACUUGAUGGGCUUAGUGGAGGGGAGGAAAAUGCCUUCAUAAUAGGGAGGGACACUGAGGCCCACGAAUAUACAAACUUGGCCAUAUUUUCACAAUCAGUGCUUUGAUGUUUAGCCCUAUUGAUUGAAAUCAAAAUUAAAUUCUAGUACUUCAUCUUAAAUGAGUUCCCAAACAGAUUAGAGGAAAACAUUUAUACUGUGAAUGCAACCAGUUUCAAACACAUUUAUGAAAUCCCUCUUGUUAAAUGCUUCAUACAGACGUUUCAGACAUAUCCUGAUCUAACAAUAAAGCACCUAAAGUUAAUAUAGAAACAAACAAGCAAAGCAAGGGAUCAUCAUAUUGAACCAAGCUCUGCUGCUGUACCUACCUUAAUCCAGUCCUCACUUCCUCCAGCCACAAAGGCAUCUGCAUCUGCUUUAGGUGAACGUUUUUCCCAAUAUGACCACUCCCUCACUCAUAGGAACAUAGGAAGCUGCCAUAUACUUAGUCAGACCAUUGGUCCAUCUAGCUCAGUAUUGUCUUCACAGACCGGCAGCGGCUUCUCCAAGGUUGCAGGCAGGAAUCUCUCUCAGCCCUAUCUUAGAGAUGCCAGGGAGGAAACUUGGAGCCUAGAUGCUCUUCCCAGAGCAGCUCCAUCCCUGAAGGGGAAUAUCUUAUAGUGCUCACACAUCAAGUCUCCCAUUCAUAUGCAACCAGGGCAGACCCUGCUUAGCUAAGGGGACAAGUCAUGCUGGCUACCACAAGACCAGCUCUCCUCCCUUGAGUCUGUGUUUUGAAUGGGUAGCUCUUAAGAAAAUCUGGUGGAAAAUAAAAAUUCAUAAUUCAUAAAAUUGCUGAGGGCAGAGGACCAUAGACUGAAUAGGAAUUCUGGAUCUGUGAAAUCAUUUCAACAAUCUUACCUUCAAGAAUGGACAUAGGAAUUUACCAUCUCUAGAACUGUAUGGUUUGUGCAUUUACUAAGGAGUAAGCCCCAUGCUCUCAAUAGGUUCACUCCUAAGUGAUUGCACAUAGGAUUGAGUUGUACGCAAACCAAUACAUUUCCCCCCUCCACUAAAUAAACCAUGAUAUGCCAGAUUCCAAUAACCUGUUUUGCAUGUUUGUGGACUUCUCCCUAAGAAACGAUGGUUAAUUGUAAUCAUCCUUAUAGCCCAAGGAUCUGGUUGUAUAAACUUGAACACCACAGCUUCUAAAACCUUAUAUCUGCUUUGGUAUGUACCUCCACUCUGUAUGUUCAAAAUAAAGGUUAUUUAUUCCUGAGAAGCUCUAGAUUCUGUUACAGCUCUGUAGAAGAGCCAGAUGAAACACUUCUCAAACAAGAAGUUAAAUUCCUCAGUGUAGAGUGAGGCAAACAU